AUGAUAAAUAUCAAUAGUUAAUAAUAUCCUAGAAAGGUAGCAUUUAAAUUGAAAAUUUUAGAUUUAAGUCCAAAAAAGUCUUCAAAAUAAGACAUAAUUACAUUAAGGCCAACAAUUAAAUUGUUUUUAGUAUUAUAAGAUUGCAUAAUAAACAGCGAUAUAAAGCGCUCCAAAUGUGAUGAAUCCUUAUAAUAAUUAAUUGCUCUUUAUUACUAAUGGUCCUGUGUAAUAAGUAUAAUUAAGAAAAUACAGAACACUACCUGAUUAAUAUGCUUAAAAAAGUCAUAGUGAAAUAUAAAAGAUCACUUAUAAUGAUGAUGAAAUGAUUUAACCGAAAAAAUAUACUUCUAAUUAAUUUAAUUUAAAUGAAAAACUUUCAUUCGAAGUUAAAGCCUUAUACAAGAUGGGAAAAUUACUAAAAACUAGACCAUAGUACUUGCCUGGAAUCGUAAGUAUAAAAGCAGAAGAGGAAACUAUCAUUUAAAAAUAGGGAAGUUAGCGAGUCGGAGUAGAUUUGGUAAUUAUAAUUGAAUAUUCAUUUAGAUAUGCUUAAUCGACAUUAGUGGAAGUAUGGUAGGAGUUAAAAUUGAAAUGGUUAAGGCAUCGUUAAUUGUUCUUCUCAAAUUUCUUGGAGAUAAUGAUAGACUAUAAUUAAUUACAUUCGACGAUAAAGCCCAUAGAUUAACUCCUUUAAAGAUUGUAACAAAACAAAAUAAAAGUUACUUUAUUUAAAUUAUCAAAUAAAUUCAAGCAUUUGGAGACAAUAAUAUUUCAAAAGCUACUAAAAUGGCAUUUUCCUAGUUAAAAGGUAGAAAAUAUGUAAAUAAUGUGACAUCAGUUUUCUUACUUUCUGAUGGUGUUGACUCAACUUAUCCACAAGUAAAAGAGCAAAUAAAGACAGUGAAUGAAGGGUUUACUUUGCAUACAUUUGGUUUUGGAGAGGAUCAUGAUGCUAAAAUGAUGGCUUAAAUUUGUAAUUUAAAGAGUGGAAGUUUUUAUUUUGUAUAAGAUGUAACAUUAUUGGAUGAAUUCUUCGCAGAUGCUUUGGGAGGAUUAAUAUCUGUUGUAGGUGAAUAAUUAGAAAUAACUCUUUAAUCUUUAGUCCCUUAGCCUUAUUAAGAUAUUCAAAUAUCUAAAACUUAUGGAAAUAUGUGGUAAAAGAAAGGAAAUCAAUAUUAUAUCACUCAACCUUAACUUGCUUCUGGAACAAGAAAAGAUUAUGUUUUUGAAUUGGCUCUUCCAAAAUUUGAAGGGAAAAUUGAAGACAAUCAAAGAAAUGUGAAAGUUAUAGAUGCAGUAUUAAAAAUAAAAGAUCCAAUUAAUGGAACAAUUAUUAUGAAAUAAACUAGUCUCACAUUAACAUUCUUUAAUUAAGAUGAAUAAAUUAAUUAUAAUGAAUCAGAUAUUGAUGUUUAUGCAUAAUAUUAUAGAGUUAAAGGAACAGAAGUAAUUGAUGAUGCAAGAAAAGCUUGUGAAUUAAAUAAGAAUGAAGAUGCUUAAAAAUUAAUUGAUAAUAUGUUGAUACAAAUCCAGAAGAAUCAAAAUGUUGCAUCUAAAUGUACUGGAAUUAUUUAAGAUUUAUAAUAAGCAAAAUAAGCAUCUGCAAGAAAUACAUAUAAUUUAUUUGGCCAAAAGUAAAUGUGUCAAAUGGUCAGUAAUAACUAUCAAUAGGGCGGAAUCAAUUCUUUAUUCUCUGCUACAGGAAUGCAAUAAUAAUAACUCCAACCAGCUGCAUACUCUAAUGCUUGUUAAUAAUAAAUGAUGUAUCAAGUGCAAGCAUCUAAACCUAAUUACAAACCCAGUUGA